AAAGAAGUGUAGACUAAAGCCGUUGAAAUAGGGCAAGCCGGUAGUGAGAGGCACUCAGAGCUGGAGAAUGGAGCGCCGCUGCUAGAAGUGGGAACAUCCAACGCAUGCUUAUUCGCGAGCCUAAUUCAAUAAAGCCCGUCACACACGAGACUAAUCUGCAACCGGGCUGAGGCUGGAACUAAGAAAGUCGUUGCGCACCAUACACUGAAUCGUACAUCUGCUGUGGCAUAUUUGCUGGCAUAUUUAUUUUUCCUCGCUAGUGGAAUACGACAGACUGACACUGAUGGGCUUGCUGUGUAUUUGGGCACUUCCUGUCCUGCUCGGAGCCUCUGUCUCUGUCUGCUGGCUGACUGAAGGGCGGAGGAGCAUGGAUACAGCAAACAGACCAGAGAACCCCUCCCAGGGACCACAGACCAGGAAGAGCGGACAUGCUGACGGGGUGGCCGAUCCAUUCCACUCUGGGUCAGACGGAGGACCCUGCAGGAGGACAUACUGUGGGAGGGGCCGCCAGUGUGUGCUGCUGGAGGUGACGGGCCGGGCAGAGUGUGUGUGCCAGGAGAAGUGUCGGCCCACCUUUGUGCCGGUGUGCGGCUCCGACGGCAGGUUCUACGAGAACCACUGUGAGGUGUACCGCACCGCCUGCCUGCAGAAGAGACGGAUCUACGUGGUGCACAGCAAGGACUGCUUCUUCAAAGGGGACACGUGCACCAUGGCAGAGUACAACAAGCUGAAGAGUAUGCUGCUAGAUAUGCAGCCUAAAGUCCUAACCGGCGGGGACAGGAACACGUUGAGAGACAUGGACCAGAAGAGAGCCCUGGUGGACACCAUGUUUAAGUACCUGGACGUGGACCGGGACGGCCGUCUAGGAAGUGACGAGUUGGCACAGAUCUCUAUGAAGGAGCACCUGGAGGACAGUCUGCUGGAGUGUACCAUGCAGGACCUGCUCCGCUACGAUGAUUACAACAACGACGGACACCUCACUCUGCACGAGUUCUACACUGCUUUUCAGGUUGUUCAGUUGAGCCUGGCUGAGGACCAGAGAAUGAGCAUCUCCACGGUAACGGUAGGCCUCAGCACCGUGCUGUCCUGUGCCAUCCAGGGGACGCUGCGGCCACCAAUUAUCUGGAAGAGGAAUGGGAUAAUACUCAACUUCCUGGACCUGGAGGAUAUCAAUGACUUUGGUGAUGACGGCUCCCUCUACAUCACCAAGGUGACAACCAUCCAUAUGGGGAACUACAGCUGUCAUGCGUAUGGAUAUGAAGAACUCUGCCAGACCCAUGUACUGCAGGUGAAUGUUCCUCCAGUGAUCCUGGUCUACCCAGAGACGCAGGCCCAGGAGCCUGGUGUGUCUGCCAGUCUGCACUGCCACGCCGACGGCAUCCCAGACCCUAAGAUUCUGUGGCUGAAGAACGGCAUGGACCUGCAGCCCAGACCCUCCAAACAGCUCUCCCUCAUCGCGAAUGGGAGCGAGCUCCACAUUGGCAGCGUACGCUAUGAGGACACAGGAGCCUACACCUGCAUUGCGAAGAACGAGGUGGGAGUGGACGAGGACAUAUCGUCUCUGUUUGUGGAGGACUCAGCUAGAAAGACACUUGCUAACAUACUGUGGCGGGAGGAAGGUUUGAGCGUGGGAAACAUGUUCUAUGUGUUCUCUGAUGAGGGCAUCACCGUGCUGCAGCCCAGCGAGUGUGAGAUACGUAAACACAUUGAACACACAGAGAGGAUCGUGGCCAGCUAUGAGGAAAUGUGCCCUAAAAGUGAAGGUGUGUCCCCUCAGCACUGUUCGUGGUCCUCAGCGGUCAGUGUGAGGGAUAAGUACAUCUACGUCACCCAACCCCUUCAAAAACGCCUGCUGGUCAUCGACACCCAGGCCCAGAAAGUGGUGCAGGCGGUAGAGACAGACCCUUUCCCGGUAAAGCUGCUCUAUGACAAGUCACAUGACCAGGUCUGGGUUCUAAGCUGGGGCAGCAUGGAGAAGUCCCACCCAACCUUACAGGUGAUUCCCCAGGCCAGUGUUGGAGAGGUGCACCACACCAUCCGCACCCCCUUCCAGAGGGUUGAUGACUUCUUCAUCCCUCCAACCAACCUCAUCAUCACUCACGUCAGGUUUGGCUUCGUCUUCCUCAAAUCUGAACCCGCGGUGCAUAAGAUUGACUUAGAGACCUUCCACCGAGUCAAAACCAUCAGCCUGAAGACCUACAGCUGUGUGCCCGUCAGCAUGGCUUACACACACUUGAGUGGAUUCUAUUUCAUCCAGUGCCAGUCUCAGAGCAGGGACCCCUCGUCAGCCCAGCCACAGCUCCUGAUCGACAGUGUCACCGACACCGUCAUUGGGCCCAACCUCAACAUCACGGGCCAGCCCUACGUGUCCCCGAACGGCCGCUACAUCGUUACCCCGGACCAGCAGCGCGGCAAGGUCAGAGUUCAGACAGUGUCCUUCCAGGGGGUGCUGGGUCUGAGCCGGGAAUUGGACACCUCGCUCCUCGUGUCCGACCUGGUCUUCCAGCCUUCCUUCACUGAGUCCAAUCAGUACACGGUGGUAGCUGCCUCUGGCUCAGGCAUGAACCUGGUUUUCUCUGACCUAGCGUCAGGCCACAGCGAGGUCCUCAAGAGCCUCAAGGAGCCCCUGUCACCCCACACCUGGCCCUGGGGGGGGCCCAACAGAGUAGUGGUGUCCAGCGGACUGUUUGGCCAGUACCUGGUCACACCCUCAGCGGAAUCCCUCUUUGUGUUGAACGGCAAACAGAAGACGCCCCACUGCGAGGUGUCAGACAUCAAGAGAGGGAACACAGUGGUGUGGGUGGGAGAGGUAUGAGAAAGAGGGAAGAGAGAGAGAGAGAGAGAGAGAGAGAGAUAGAGAGAGAAAGAGAGAUCAGGCCAAAACACUUAAGAUAUAUGUGGACAUAAGUGGACUCAACCCUAGGACUGAGUGAGAGGAACACAUGUCUAGGUUAUUGUAACAAAAAUACACAAAAAAUUAUAAUUGAAAAAAAUAUUAAGAAAAUCCUAUUGUGAUAUUUUUACGGGGAGAAGGUGCGUGGGGAGGCCCUUCAGUGCAACAGUGAUCUAUGUGCACUUAACUGAGAGGAGUUAUGCAUUAUAGCACUUCCUUGUAACACUGCAGAUACAUGUAACAGGAGAGGGAUAUAAUGAUGACGUUUUGAAAACAUUAACUAUGCACAAUGCUCACUUUUUUAGAGUAAAGCUUUUUGGUUUCAAGAUGUUUGUCGUUCACCAGUGCUGCAAAUAGUCACAACAAGAUGUCUGUCUGGCUUUAGUGUUUACAUGUGUUUUCAGUCCUUUUCAAAACCACUGCUCUCUGUUAUUUGCCUUUGUCUGUGGAAAUGUAUUGUACGCUUUCUCUAAAAGCUCUCAUCCUGACCAACACAUAUAGGUUACUUUAAAACACAUGUUGUACCCUAUAAGUCAUAACCUGUUACUUUCAAAAAAGACCACGUUUCCAUCCGUUAGCUAAGAACAGUGGAUAUCUAAUAGCCUACAGUAGAAAACCCAUUAAAACAUGUUAUUGUACAAAGACUAGAUAUGGUACAGUAUACCAGCUCUUCCCCCUCAAUCUCACACAGUAAACCUACUUCCAGUUUUGAUCCGGUGACCUCCUAGUCCUCUGUCUACUAAGUCUAGCAUUGUAAGGAUCUUGUUCAUCAGCAUGGAGGUAUUGUAAGUCCUAUGUAUCCUUUUUCUGCCCUAUAGCUUGGUUCCAUCACGCUCCAUGACUGAAAUCCAACUUCCCCUAAAGAAUAGCUCUUCCUAUUGCAUUAUUACUGGCUAGUGCUGUGUGCGACGAAAUAGUUACAGCAAAACAACACUAUCAAAAAAUACAUAAACCGAGAUAAUCAGAUUUGUUGUUCAUGUUUGUGAUUUAUAUAUUUGCUAAUACUUUACUCAAUCUGACACAGAAGCAGAGGCUUGAUUAUGUUUCCUAGACCACUGUUGCACUGAGAGAAAUGUGUGUAUUUCAGAAAGAGUGAGGCAGAGAUGUGUAAUAUAUAUUCAAAAAGCUCAAUUCGAAGCCCAAUUAUUUUGCAGAUGUCAUGGAAAAACAACAUUUCAGGAAUUACCGUCAAAAAGCAUCAGGCACCCAGACCGCAGUACCUAUCUUGCCACCAAUACAGAGUAACUUCAGAAUAAUUCAUACGAGUCACCACCAAAGGCUUCAUCAGGACUGAGUGUUCCAUAUGCAUGUACUGAGAGUUGAGGCUCAUCACACUAAUGUUAUUUCAGAGCAAUCAAAGGUGCAUUGUCGACAAGGUAAUUUCCUCUUGAAUGACAUCUGCAGCAUUUACCAUAAAUGUGACCUCCGCGAUCAUCAGGAAAAUGUACUUUAAAAGGUUCAUUGUCACUUGUACAAUGUGCUUGUCGUCAACGCGCCUCUGAUUGAAUCCCGGCCUCGAGUGCACAGGAUCACAUACUGUACAUUGCCUCUAACCAAGACCCUGGCUGUAGACCGAACCUCUUGGUGUGAUGUUGACAUUAGAGACACUGUUGUAGAUAUACAUUGUUCUUAGUUAGAUUAGAACACAUUUUCUUUAUGCAUUUCCUGUAUUCUGGUUUUUGAGGGAAAUGGUUUGUAAAAAAAAAAAAAAUCUAAUAAAAUGACCAAAAAAAGCUUGCAGCUGUGUCACACUAUAAAUUACUUUGAACAUAAAAUAUAUAAAUAUUCAGGGACAAAUUUCCACCAAACACAUACAUCUGUUGCUAAGGUGAGGCCUAACUAUGGUACAAAACCCCAAUCUGUUCAUUUUCCUGUGUAUGUAUUUGAAUGAAAUUGUUUGUUGGUUGAUGUUUGGGCUCUGGAUUUGGCUCUUUUUGCGGAGCAGUUUCACAUUUCAAAUGGUAUCCUGACACCUGGACAGCACGGCUCUGAAAAUUGUACAAUAUUCUUCUUCGAUCCAAAGCCCAAUUGAGACAGUGUAGCUUUCUGUCUGAAACCAGGCAAGAGUCAUUUCUAACUGUGGAGUGCCAUUUGUAGUGCUCAGAAGAGUGGCACAGACCAGUCAAUGAUAAACAUCGUUUUUUCUGUUGAGUCAGGAUGUGGUGAGUGGUAAUAGGUUUUGAGUUGCCCCCCCACCCCUCAAAAUAAUAGCUCAAGACCCUGUUGGGGUUUUCAGACAUUGACUAAACACUAAGAAUAUAUCAGCACUGUGGUGAUAGUUGGCUGAAACAUGCAUCUUUGUUACCAUCCCUAAGACCUGGCUAAUCAAAAACAAGCUGUACCUGCUUCUACAUCUCAUAUUGUAAACAGAGCUGCACAGUCCUUUAAGAACUAAAACAGAGCUGCACAGUCCUUUAAGAACUAAAACAGAGCUGCACAGUCCUUUAAGAACUCAAACAGAGCUGCACAGUCCUUUAAGAACUCAAACAGAGCUGCACAGUCCUUUAAGAACUCAAACAGAGCUGCACAGUCCUUUAAGAACUCAAACAGAGCUGCACAGUCCUUUAAGAACUCAAACAGAGCUGCACAGUCAUUUAAGAACUAAAACAGAGCUGCACAGUCCUUUAAGAACUAAAACAGAGCUGCACAGUCCUUUAAGAACUCAAACAGAGCUGCACAGUCCUUUAAGAACUCAAACAGAGCUGCACAGUCCUUUAAGAACUCAAACAGAGCUGCACAGUCCUUUAAGAACUAAAACAGAGCUGCACAGUCCUUUAAGAACUCAAACAGAGCUGCACAGUCCUUUAAGAACUCAAACAGAGCUGCACAGUCCUUUAAGAACUAAAACAGAGCUGCAGAGUCCUUUAAGAACUCAAACAGAGCUGCACAGUCCUUUAAGAACUAAAACAGAGCUGCACAGUCAUUUAAGAACUAAAACAGAGCUGCACAGUCCUUUAAGAACUCAAACAGAGCUGCACAGUCCUUUAAGAACUCAAACAGAGCUGCACAGUCAUUUAAGAACUAAAACAGAGCUGCACAGUCCUUUAAGAACUAAAACAGAGCUGCACAGUCCUUUAAGAACUAAAACAGAGCUGCACAGUCAUUUAAGAACUAAAACAGAGCUGCACAGUCCUUUAAGAACUCAAACAGAGCUGCACAGUCAUUUAAGAACUAAAACAGAGCUGCACAGUCCUUUAAGAACUCAAACAGAGCUGCACAGUCAUUUAAGAACUAAAACAGAGCUGCACAGUCCUUUAAGAACUCAAAGUUCUUAUCAGAUCUUAAUUAAUACAGGCUCAACUAAGUAGAUUCAAAUCAGCAGAUAUGUCACUUUUCUUUUAAAUGAAUAUCAACAACACAAGAUGCCUAAAUUAGAGGAUACAUGUGUGCUGUUCUAAGAUCUUUAGUAACCUAGGUAACCUUAAAGGCUUUUAGCUGUAUCCGUGCUGGUUUAUCUCUAUGCAACACAUUCUCAUUGUUAAGGCAAUUACUGUUGUAUGAUGUAUGUGUUUUGUGAGCAUAAUCCUGUACGUUACAUCAGUAUUUUCUAUAGUGAGUGAAUUUUUCCCAAGAAGACAUUAAAACCUGAGUUUGGGUGUUUAAACGGAUCAUUUGUCAUCCAAUUGUUAAGUCCACUGAUCAUUCUUGUUGUCCACUCGCAAACUGUGAAGGGAUGGUUCCUUCAAUGUUUCCUCCACACCUUUCCAUGACAAUGUGUGUCUCAAUCUUUCAUUCAAACUAUUAUCAACAUUUUGUUAAUAACUUUCUCUCGUCUUUGUUCGAUUUCGAUGUACAGUUGGUAACAAUUUGGCCGCAUAUGGAUGAUUUGAUUCCAUUUUUUUUUUAAAUAUUCAGAGAAACGUUUUAAUAUUUUUUAGUUGCGUCAUCGGAACUGAAAUGUAAUGAACAGGUGUCUAUACCCCAUAUUAUCCACAGACAAGACCCAUCUCACCAGUGAUGUAUUUGAAUUAGCAUUGACUGUAAGGACAAGACAUCAAUUGUAUUGUGUUGCCUGGGAUGUAACUUUUCUUUCCCCCUUGUUUUACAAUAAAAUAUGAAAAUUAA